UUGCGGCUUACACGCAUCGAAAAUAUAUUGAACCAUGGGAAGCUGCGAUUUGUGGAUCUUUUGCUGGUGGUAUAACCGCCGGUGUCACUACGCCUUUAGAUGUUAUCAAAACACGAUUGAUGCUGUCAGCUAAAGAUCAAAGCAUACAUAAUUAUUUUGGAAUAACAAACACAUUUUAUCGUAUUUUAACGCAAGAAGGUAUAAAAGUGUUAUUUUCUGGAAUAGGCCCACGCGUAUUGUGGAUAUCUGUUGGUGGAUACGUAUUUUUAGGUGUUUAUGAAAAG